AAAAUACUCUUUGAAAAUGAAUAAACCGUGCGCUCGCUGUGGUUUUGGCGUCUAUCCUGCCGAGAAAAUAGUCUGCAUAGACCAGACCUGGCAUAAGUCCUGUUUCCACUGUGAGGUCUGCAAAAUGAUCUUAACGGUCAACAAUUUUGUCAGUCACCAGAAGAAACCGUACUGUCAGGCGCACAAUCCUAAAGUCAACAAAUUUACCAGUGUACUAGAUACACCCCUGAACCUGAACGUGAAAAAACAAAGCGAGUCCAGUGAGAUUAAGUAUCGCGAGGAAGCUGAAAAAUUCAAAUCAGUUUUUCAUUGGGAUAUAAAGUCGAAGCAGCUGGAGCAUGCCUGUAAGGCUGGGAGACUUGCAAGUAAGGUGCAGUACACUAAGGCAUGGGAUGAAACAAAGGAAUCAUAUCACUUACCACCUGAUAAGCCCUCUAUUCUUCAAGCACAGAAAAAUACAGAACUUGUCAGCAAACACGCUUACCAGGCUGCCUAUGAAGAAGACAAAAGUUGGUACUCUGCUUGUGUUACGAGUCCAAAGCUUGUACGAGUUGCGCAGGCUCAAAAAGCUAUCAGUGAUGUGGAGUAUAAACGAGGACAUGGAGAGUACAUUUCCCAGUAUGCUUCAGUGGUGGACACUCCACAGUUACUGCAUGCCAAAGCAGGAGGCAUAUUGGCCAGUGAUGUUAAAUACCAUGAAGACUAUGAGAGGAAUAUUAAAGGAAAUUGGAGCCAAGCGGCAGGUGCUCAAGUUGCUAUGACAAGAGAAAAUUCAGUGAAGUACAGUCAGCCUGAGGACUCUGCUGAUUAUGAGGAACCCAGGGGCAAAGGCAGUUUCCCUGCUAUGAUCACACCAGCAUACUACAAUGCCAAGAGAGCUAAUGAACUUGCAAGUGAUGUAAAAUACAAAAAAGAUCUUGCAAGGAUGAAGGGAUCAGCCCAAUACCACGUGCUAACUGCUGAAGAAGACAUAGCAAUGAAGCGUGUCAAGGAAGUGAACAAGCUUGUCAGUGAGAUAAAGUACAAGAAGGACUUAGACUCUUCCAAAGGUUACAGCAUUAACUACUGUGAAACACCUCAGUUCAAGAAUAUUGCCAAGUUAUCUAAAUUUACUAGCGAUCUCAAAUACAAAGAAGCUUACCAUAAUCAAGUGAAAGGCCAUUAUGAAGGAGUUGGUAUGGACAGCCGCACACUGCAUUGUAUGAAGGUUGGAAGCUUAAAAAGUGACAGGAAGUAUAAAGCGGAUUUGGAGGGGGACAAAAUGCUUUGCUUUUAUGCAGCUGACCAGGCACCUUCGUAUGAGACACUGAAGAAACUUGUCCCAUUGAAAGAUAUGUACUACAGACAACAAGUGGAUAACUUGAAGUAUGCAUCAGUAACAGACACGCCUGAGAUAGUACAAGCAAGAAUUAAUGCACAGCAGCUAAGCAAUUUGAAUUAUCGGGCACAAUAUGAAAAGACCAAAACCCAAUACACAUUGCCUCUUGAAGUUCCUCAUCUACUUAAGGCCAAGGCUAAUGCUGACCUGUACAGUGAUAUCAAGUACAAAGAAUUCUGGGAAAAGAAUAGAGGCAAGGGGUUUCAUGUGAAUUUGGAUUCGCUAGCCCUUUUAGCUGCCAAAGCCUCGGGGGAGCUGGCAAGUGAUAUAAAAUACAAAGAAGCAUAUGAGAAAACCAAGGGCAAGGCAAUGAGAAGCAAAGUAUAUGAUUCGAAGACUCUGCAUUCUCUGCGGGUUUCCAAGAUGAGCAGUGAGGUAGAGUAUAAGAAGAACUGUGUGGAAGCAAACACCAAAUUCCACCUGCCACUGGACAUGGUCAACCUGACACAUGCCAAGAAAGCCCAGGCUUUGGCCAGUGACUUGAAUUAUAGGAAGAGGCUCCAUGGCUAUACAUUGGAGCCAGAAGACAUGAAAGUGAAAUGGGCAAAGAAAGCCUAUGGCUUACAGAAUGAGCGUAAGUACAGAGCAGAUCUGACGUGGAUGAAAGGUGUAGGAUGGGAGGCUGAACAAUGCCUGGAUGUGGAACAGGCUAGGAAAGCCAGGGACAUCCUGAGCGAGAGAAAGUACAGACAGAGAGUUGAUGCGUUAAAAUUCACAAGUGUGGCAGACACUCCACAGAUUAUUCACGCCAAGAAAAGUCAAGAUUUGCAAAGUGAUAUAACAUAUAAGGCAACAGGUGAACAGAGUCUUCAUCAGUACAGCAUCAGCAAAGAUGAACCAUUGUUCAGACAAGCCAAGGAAAAUGCUAAGUAUCUAAGUGAUAAAAUCUACAAAAGCGAUUGGGAGGCUCAAAAAGAAAAGAGCUUCGAACUACGGCUGGACACUAUUGCAAUUUUGGAAGCAAAGGCAAAACGAGAUCUUGCAAGUGAUAUCAAGUACAAGGAGAUGCAUGAAAGGAUAAAGGGCAAAUUGAUUGGGGUGAAGGAUGUAAUGGGUGACUCUCAGAUGGCUCACUCUAUCCAAGCUUCCAAGUUGCAGAGUGACCUUGAAUACAAAAAGAAAUCUGAGGCAACGAAAACAAACAUCCAUCUUACAAUGGACAUGCUGGAAUUGGUGCAUGCGAAACAAGCUCAGAGCCUGGCCACUGACAGGGACUACAAGAAGAGAUUCCAUCAAUACACUGUCCUACCUGGAGAUAUGAAAAUUGAAUGGGCUAAGAAAGCAUACGCUCUGCAAAGUAAUAACCAGUACAAGUCUGACUUGAAUUGGAUGCGUGGUGUGGGAUGGAUAACCAGUGGUUCUUUAAAUGCUGAACAGGCGAAGAAAGCAGGAGAACUGUUCAGUGAGAAGAAGUAUCGUCAGCAUCCAUAUUCCCUGAAAUUUACAAGCGUUACUGACUCUCCUCAAAUGAUACAAGCCAAGAUCAGUUAUAAUCAGGCUGUGGAUAGGCUAUACAGAGAAGAUGGAGAAAAUGUAAAACAUCACUACACACUGACAAAGGACCUCCCAGAAUUUCUGCAAGCUAAAACUAAUGCUAUGAAUAUCAGCGAGAUCCGCUACAGGGAGUCGUGGUCAAAAUUACGGGAUGGUGGUUAUAAACUGCUUUUCGAUGCAAUUCCAGUCCAAGCUGCCAAAGCUUCCAGAGAAAUUAUUAGUGAUUACAAAUACAAAGAAGCAUUCGAGAAGGCCAAAGGUCAGAUGGUUGGAAUACAAAAACUGGAAGAUGACCUGAACAUUUCUCAUUCCGUUCAUGCAGCCAGGCUCAAUAGUGAUUUGAUGUACAGAAAAGAUUUUGAGGACACAAAGACUAACCUCCAUCUACCUAUGGAUAUGGUGAACCUUGUCCAUGCUAAGAAAGCCCAAGCUUUAGCCAGUGACCAGAACUACAGACAUGCCAUCCAUCAUUAUACGACACUACCCAAUGACUUGAGAAUGCAGUGGGCAAAGCAUGCCUAUGAUCUACAGAGCGAGAACCUUUAUAGAUCUGACCUAAAUUUCAUGAGAGGAGUGGCUUGGAUUUCAACAGGGGCUUUGGGAAUUGAAGGAGUGAAGAGAGCAACUGCCCUCAUCAGUGAGAAGAAAUAUCGACAACAUCCAUAUUCACUAAGGUUUACACAGGUGACAGAUUCACCUGACUUGACCCGUGCAAAAUUGAGCAACAUCAUUGCCAAUGAGCGCCUAUAUAAAGCUGCAGGAGAAAAUGCCCAACAUCAUUAUACUCCAAUUGUUGGCUCACCCGAACAUAUUCGGGCAAGGAUUAAUUCAUCAAAUUUCAGUGAGGUGAAGUACAAACAGUCAUGGCUCAACCAACAAGCUCUUGGAUACAAGCUGACACUCGAAGCCAUUCCCUUCCAGAGUGCAAAAGCUUCCAGGCGAAUAGCCAGUGAUUAUCAAUACAAGAAUACUUUUGUAAAAGAGAGAGGAAAACAUAUUGGUGCUCGAAGCAUUUUGGAUGACCCUAAGAUGUUGCAUUGCAUGCAAAUUGGCAAGUUACAGAGUGAAAAGUUGUACAAGAAAGAAUCGCAAGACAGCAGGAAGCAAUUCCACUUAACAAUGGAUAUGGUGAAUCUGGUGCAUGCUAAGAAUGCCCAGGCUUUGGCCAGUGACUUGGGUUACAAAAAGUUGAUUCAUUCAUAUACUGUUCUGCCGUAUGACAUGAAGAUGGAAUUGGCUAAAAAAGCCUAUAAUCAACAGAGUGAGGUGCAAUACAGGUCUGAUCUAAACUUCCUCAAAGGUGUUGCGUGGAUGGCACAGGGCUCCCCACAGAUUGAGACAAUGAAGAAAGCUGGUGAACUAAUCAGUGAGAAAAAAUACAGACAGCAUCCUGAUACCUUGAAGUAUACAAGUGUGAUUGACUCUGCAGAUAUCAUCCAUGCUAAGAACAGCUACCUGCAAUGUAGCGAUAGGUUGUACCGAGCCAGAUACACCCAGUCAAUGCAUAGGUGUACGAUACCACCUGACCAUCCUGAUUUCAGGCGAGCAAGAAUCAAUGCCUACAACAUUAGUGAUAAAGCUUACAGGACAUCUUGGGAACAGACAAGAGCACUGGGUUAUGACCUUAGAUUGGAUGCCAUUCCCUUCCAGACAGCCAAAGCAUCAAGGGAAAUAGCCAGUGAUUACAAAUACAAGCAAGCAUUUGUGAGAGAGAAGGGUCAGCACAUUGGCUUCCGUAGUGUCAAUGACGAUACAAAAUUGAAGCACUUCUUGGCUGCCAGCAGACUCCAGAGCACCAAAGAAUAUAAGAAACAAUUUGAAGAGGAUAAAUCUAAGUACAAGUUGCACUUGCAGCAACCUGGUUUUAUACAAGCUAAAAGGAGUCAGGAGCAAGCCAGUAACAUUAACUACAGGCAGCAUUUACAUCAUUGGACAUGUGACCCUGAGCAAUUAAAUGUGAAGCAUGCCAAAGCGGCUUACAAACUCCAAAGUGAUGUUGCGUACAAAUCUGAUUUGAACUGGAUUCGUGGCAUUGGUUGGACACCCCCAGGUUAUCAUAAAGUAGAAAUGGCGAGGCUUGCAGCUGACAUGGCCCAUGCACAAGGGCUGGAUCCUCAGGAUGCGGCCAUUCAGUUUGAACAAUUCAUGCAUGCUCAGGCAGACAGAAGUACAGAAGAAUCUCAGUGGACAGAUGUGAUGCCAGAUGCAACUGAGAUGCUUCAAGUAAAAAAGCACAAGAUGAAACUCACUAAAUAAUGAAAUGCUAACACUGCUAAUUGCUGUUCUCGUUGUUAAAUGGCAUACUUUUCCCCCCAGAUUAUAUAUAAGCUAUAUUUACAUUUUGUUUUAAUUUUUAGUUAUAAACUGCAUACAUAAUUAAUGCACCUUCUGUAUUCCAAAAUACUUGUUCAUUUUCUAUUCACUCUUAUGUAUUAAACAGUUUAACUUGUAACUUUAAGUGAAAACAUAAUGCAUUGAAAAUUGUUAAAGUGUUAAACUUUGUGUGUUUAGCAAAUUACUUUACCAUAUUUACGGUGGUGUAGACUAACCACUCGGUUCACAGUAUUGAAAUGACCCAGUUUUGCACAGGGCCAUAAUCUAUUCAGUGGGUACCCUGAGAAAACAAGUGAUGUGGGGAGAUUGUCUACUUGGGUGCCAAAAGAUCACGUUGGAGAUGUGCCAAUGUAACUGUCAGCCAUUUCACAUUUGGACCUCAUUAACAUUAUUACAAUGAGCUAUGGGGAAUUCCACUUCCAUGUGGCUGUGUUCUGAAGUGGAAAAUGAGCUGAUGAGAAGAACUGUUGGGAGGAAGUUGGUGGGGAUGGAUACAGGACAAUAGUGGAGAAGAGAAGUGUAGGAGCAGCAACAGGCCAAAAGAUUUUUUUGAGACUUGGAAGGAUACUCACCUUAUUUAGAAAGACUUCUAGCAAUCCUUUUUUGAGUUACCAAUUCAUUUUUUGAUACUUAAAGAAAUGUGCAUGCUUUGGGCUCUACCUGCUUACAGAAAUACUCCAAAAUCAAGAUUCUACAACAGGCAUGGGGAUCUGAAUUUGCUUAUUUCAACAACCUCUGGCCAGUUUUAGACAGGAAUCCAAUAAAUGAAGCAGGCAAUUAGUUACAAAUGGGACUAUAAUCAAUCAUUUGCUCUAGAAUAUAGGAAGUUGGCAGAUAAUGCAACAAUUAGCUUUGUGGUUGAUAGUUAUGAAGAAAGCUGUGGACUGCAGAAGGGAGAGCAAUGGACUGAUCUGAUGGGCGUAGCAGUGGCAAGUUGCGUUCAAUCCAGAGAAGUGUCAGGUAAUGCAUUUAGAAAUGGUUAACAAAGUACGGGGAUGCACACUAAAUGGUUGAGUACUGAGAAGGGGAGAGGAACCAAAGAAUUUUGGAGUGAUGUCCAUAUAUCCCUAAAGGUGACUGGAUGAAGUGUUAUGUUGGCUAAGAAGACAUAUGGGAUACUUCCUUUAAUUUGCCAAGGAAUCAAAUCUAAUUGCUGGCAGGUUAUGCUGAAAGUGUUUAAAACAGUAGUUAGGCUAUAGCUAGUGUACUGCGUGCAGUUCUGAUCACCUCAGUGUAGAAAAGAUGAUUGUGCUUGAAAGGGUACAGGGAAAUGUUACCUGGACUAGAGAACUUUGUGAGGAAGGAUUGUGUGGGCUAGACUUGUUUUGUUUUGGAAUGGAGAAGAUAUAAUUGUUUAAAAUUGUGAGGGAUGUGGAUAGAAUGGAGAGGAAGGAUAUAUUCCCCUUUAGUGAGGGAACCGUGAAUGGGAGUUGUGAACUGGAGUAGCAGUGGAAGGUUUAGAGGAGAUUCAAAGGUCAACUACUUUCAGAAACAGCUCAAUGGAGAUCUAGAACUCAUUGCCUGCAGUGGUGGUAGAGGCAGAAAUCCUUAAAACAUUUUAAAAGUACUUGGAUGUGAACUUAGAUUGCUGAAAUUUACAAGACUAUGAAUCAAGGCUGGGUUGUGGGAUUAGGCCGAAUGGUGACUCAUCAGUCAGCAUGGAUACAAUGGGCUGAAUGACCUCAUUCCCUGUUGUAAGUUUCUGUGACUCAGUGACUUCAUCUCACCAGAUUUCAUCUUUUGUUGGUCACCCGGUUUCCAGAGCGAGCACCAAGUGACUAUCAGUUGAGAAUCCCUUGUGAUUAAGUUCAUGUUGGGUGCUCAUACUUCGCCUCUUCUUUCUUUCUCAAGUGCAUCUUUUCUGCCCUGAAAUCUCUCUCUCCUAUUCCAUCUCCAGGUAGUUAAUGGGAGACCUGCUUCUCUUCCAACUGCAAAAUUUCCUUUUGUAAAGGACAUUAGUGAACAGAUAUGAGUUUUUAUAGCAAACCGUGAUAGUUUCAUGGUCACCAUUACUGAGACUGGCUCUCACUGUGAGAGUUUGUUAAUUGAAUUUAUCCCGCUAUGGUAGGAUUUGAAUUCUAUUACUCCAAGUAUUAGCCUAGGUAUCAGGAUUACUAGCCCAGUCACAUUACCUCUAUGCCAUCAGCUCCCCUCCCACGAUUGCUUUUACUUCUCUUACUAUGAGGGAAGGAUUGGUCUCCUCUCUGCCUUUAUACAGGAUAGCACUCAUGUUCCAACUCUGAGUCACAGUGUGAGGGUAUUUCAAUGUCCUGUCUAUCUUACCUUUGUGCACUAUGCCUCAUGGGGCUGUGUCAAAUUUUUCCUACUCAAGGUAUUGAUAAACUGGCAUAACCACUGCUUUACAUUUUGGUUUCAAGUCCUGAUUUUGAUGAGAUGUUUUUGCUUCAUCGGGGUGGGAAGGUGAUGGGUGGUAGUAUUGGGGGUCAAAGGUGUUUGUAAAAUCUGCACAGUUUUGAAGAAUUGAUCAUCUAACCAUGUGUGAAGUUAAAUGUAGAAAGAUGUGCAUAUUUUCCAGAGAUCAUUAAAAAAUAAAAGUAAUCCUAAAAUGA